AUGCGGAGGAUGGCUGGUGGCCGUGCGGCUCCGUCUCCGCGGCCGGAGCUGGAACUGGAAGGUUCCCUCGGAAUCGUGGGUCGCACGGGCCAACUAAAACGGACGGCCGUCCUGACUGCGAGAACUCCCAGAACGCCGCAGGUGCAAUCAGAGGAGCUGCGGAGACGACCCUCGCACACGCAUGGUGCGGUGGCUGAAGGGACUGGCAAGGCCUUUGUGGCAGUGGCCCAGAACGCCUUGGGCCCACCGCACCCCGCGCCAUCGCACGUGCGCACAGAGCCAGGAGGUCGCCUCUCCUUGGAGCGGGCUGGACUGGCUGGAGGCGGAGGUCUUGGAGGCAGCGGUGCCGCUAUGCCAGGAGUGCUCGACAUCGAGCUGGAAGGAAGUCAGUCCACGCCUCGGGACUCCAGGACUCAGAAUCAGUUCAGUGCCGUGGCUUCAGCAUCCCAAAAUUGUCCAGCGGACCCAGCGGGAUUGGGUGGUGCAGCACUGCGUGGCCCUGCUGCAGGCAGACCUGGUCGUCGGGCCAGCGAGUGCGUGCAGGAAAGCUCCUUCGACGACCUCCCGCGGCAAGGCCUUGAACGGAGAAGCUCGCUACCAGGAACCGUGCCGUCAGCGGCCAGCGAGGUGAUCCGAAAGUCCUUGAACUCCACCCUACGGAAGUUCGAAGAGAGCGAUCCAAGCUGCACUUCCGUCACCAUGGCUCCAAGAAGGAACGGCGCAAGGCAUGCAGAGGCUACCAUGGCACCAGGCGAUCGGCAGGAGGGGGCCUGCGGCGAAGACCCUGAGGAGUUGGGGAGGCAUCCCAUGACGAUGGACUGCAACGAACUUGAGGGCCAGAGUGCGCAAGAUGCCGACGGCUCCGCUGCCAUGCGAAAGGUUUCACAGAGCUCAAAGCCUGGUUUCGGAAGGCCAGACGCCGAUGCACAGACCGAUGCCGCUGCAGAAGCUCGGGCACAAAGGCUGAGCCCUGCUCGCGAGCAAGAGCUUGGUGAGGAACGGGAUCUUCUGGAUCUACUGCCCAUGCCUGGAGUGACCGGAGGAGGUGAAGGCAAACAGGGCGAACCCUGGAGCGAGGCAAUGAGCUGGAAGAAGCAGCCAGGACCAGGAGCUGAAGACUCCAUUGACACCUUUGAUGGUGGGCUAAGACUUCACGAUGCGGUUCUGCAGAGAGACGAGUUCCCAGCAUCAGAUGCGAAAGUCGGGGAGAAGCCAAGGCUUGCGGGAUCUGGUGAGUGGCACCAGCCCCCUGCAUGGGACACGCCGACCGAUAGCUCGGAGAUUUCGGCGACGGGCGGCGCAGCCAUGUCCGGCCUGUGCCAGGGACCGCCAUCCCCGGAAAGGGCAGCGCCCACUGCAGAGAUCGUAGAGGGCUCUGCGGCUCUGGAAUCGGCCGAACGUGAACAUGCCGACAAUGCCGACAGCGAAGAUACCUCGACCCGCGCAGUGCGGCCGGCUCCAGCAAGGCGACGAAGCUCGAAGACUUCUUCCAGGGGGCCCAAGACAGAGAAGAUGGAGGAACGAGGCAAAGAGGGCACGUCCAGUGGUGCAACGAACGCGGGUGUUGCCAGUUCAGGCAGGCGGCGCAGCAGCUCGAAACGACACAGCAAAGGAACAGCCUCUGCGACGGUGCCCGGCCGGCACCAAGAGGCAGAGGGACUUGAAGCUGACGAGUCACGGCGCCUUGGAAAAGGCAGUCGGAAGGAGUCGGACUCAGAGCCGGAGUCCGCUGUAACAGACAACGACCUUUCCGAAUUCCUCCAGGAGUUGUUUUCGCAGUACAGCACCUCCCGCGAUAAGAAGGGCCGGCCCUUGAUGUCGAAUGCCGGGCUGAGACGAUUUCUGCAGGACUUCACUUUCGGUCCGGGCAGCCGUCCCUCGCAGGCCGCGCAGGCGCACCUGGCUGCGCAGGCUGAUGUCCGUUACGACGAAGAGAUCGAGCGCCAGAGCAACAUGCCCACCGUGUUCGAUCUCACUAAGGGGGAUGCCAACCGUGGCCUGUGCUUCAAGUCCUUCGACAUCGUGGUGAACCAGGUCAACAUGCCAUGCUCCUCCAAGGAGAUGACGAAGCGGUGGUUUAUCACCUACUCCUACGGCAUGGCCAACCCGACGCCUGCAGACGUGGCCGAGGCCAUGUACGCAGGCCUCCACUGA